CUCCCGGUGCGGUCCGCCAUAUGAAUCGAGCGCCCCUCUAGCCCGUCCGCCCUUUAGACUACCGGAAGCUCCGCCCUCCUACUUCCUCUUUCCCUGCGUCAGUGAGCGGAGACACCAUGAAGGCGUCCGGCACACUUCGGGAGUAUAAGGUCAUCGGCCGUCUGCUGCCCUCUGCUAAGAACCCGGCGCCUCCUCUGUACCGGAUGAGGAUCUUCGCCCCGAACCACGUCGUGGCCAAAUCUCGCUUCUGGUACUUUGUCUCCCAGCUGAGGAAGAUGAAGAAGGCGUCCGGAGAGACGGUCUACUGCGGCCUGGUCAACGAGAAAACUCCUCUGAAGGUGAAGAACUUUGGGAUCUGGCUUCGCUACGACUCCCGCAGUGGAACCCACAACAUGUACAGAGAGUACAGAGACCUGACCACCUCAGGGGCCGUCACACAGUGCUAUCGGGAUAUGGGAGCUCGUCAUCGUGCUCGGGCUCACUCCAUCCAGAUCAUGAAGGUUCAGGUCAUCGCUGCCAACAAGUGUCGCAGACCCGCCAUCAAGCAGUUCCACGACUCCAAGAUCAAGUUCCCUCUGCCCCACCGGGUUCUGCGUCGCCAGCACAAACCUCGCUUCACCACCAAGAGACCAAACACGUUCUACUGAGAACGUUCCUGCUGAGCUUCAUGAGAUAAUAAAGGUUCUGAUGGAAACA